AUGACUUAUAAUUUAGGAUUUGUUGUGGUAAUAGUAAGAUCUGACAUAGCUACUGGUGUACGGGGAAGAAAAACGUUCAUCAUACUUGGAUGUGAAAGAGGGGGAAAAUAUAGGAAAUACAAAGCUAAUGUAGUGGCUAGUGUAUACGGCACUUGUAAAUGUGAAUGUCCGUUUAGAUUAAAGGGUAAACCAUGUUCAGAUGGGGCCGGAUGGGUGUUGAAGGUGAUGUGUGGACAUCACAACUAUGAGUUGGCUGAAACUUUAGUUGGUCACCCUUAUGCUGACAGGUUAAAUACGAGUGAGAAGUCAUUACUGGUUGAUAUGACAAAGAGGAUAACCUUCUCAGCAGCAUUUGCUUUCUUGUCUACUCAAAGGCAGAGUAAUUUCACAUGGGCUUUGGAAAAGCUAAAAGGUUUAUUUUUAACAUCUGAGGGUGGUCCUAAAGUCAUUGUCACUGACCAAGACUUGGCUUUGAUGAAUGUCAUUGCAAAUGUAUUCCCUGAGUCAUAUCAGAUGUUAUGUCGGUUCCACAUCCUUAAAAAUGUUAAAGCUGAAUGCAAAAUGUUAGUUCAUUCUACUGAGGUUUCGGAAGUGUUGAUGGAUGCAUGGGAAAAUGUGAUGGAUUGUGCUGAUGAAAGCUUGUUUGCUGAGUAUGUGAAUGAUUUUCAAUACGCAAGCAGUUCAUGGCCUUUGUUCUUUGAAUAUGUCAAUCAGACUUGGAUUAUUCUGUACAUCACAUACUUUGUAAAGUUCUGGACGAACAAAGUAAUGCAUUUAGGGAACACAACCACAAAUAGGGCUGAAUCUGCUCAUUGGAGUCUGAAGAAAGUUCUGGGCAAUAGUAUGGGUGAUUUGUGUUCUUGUUGGGAUAAUAUUCAUAAUGUCAUUAUCCUACAACACAACAAGAUUAAGGCGUCAUUUGAAAGUAGUUUGUUGCUCACGAGUGACCAUUUUAAAGGCUACAAAUAUAGAGAACUUAUUGGACGUGUGUCUCGAUAUGCAUUGAAUCUCAUUGCUAAGGAAUUGAAAAUAUUAUCCAUUAAAGAUGAGUUGAAACAAGUAGAAGAACGAUUCAAUGAGGUUGACGUUGGCGGUAAAGUCACCAUCAAGCAGAAGUUACUUGAUAUUGUUUGUCCUACAUUGACAUCAAUGGUCCCUCCAUUACAUAAAGUCAAGACAAAGGGUGCACAAAAAAGUAAAGUUAAACGAAGUGAAAGGUCUACUACGCGGGAUCCAUCAUAUUUUGAGUAUGUGGACGCCUUUCAUUCAACCAUAGAAUCUUCAUCUAUGAGAAGUAAAUUACAAUCAAAGCCAAAAGCAAUGAAGAAAAGGAGAGUUCCAAUGAUAGACCAGUUUCAUUCUACUACUCACCCCUUCAUUGUGGACGUUGUUGAUGUUGUGGCUGAUGGUCACUGUGGGUAUAGAUGCAUUGCUGCAUUGUUGGGACUCGGAGAAGAUUCAUGGCCCGUUAUUAGGAAUGAGUUGUACAAAGAACUCAGUGCAUGGCGUGAUGAAUAUGCAAGCCUAGUAGGAGGCUAUGAUAGACUAGAAGAACUGAGGAACUCUUUGUUGGCUAACAUGAACAAGUGGAUGACAUUACCAGACAUUGGUUAUGCAAUUGUUAACCGAUAUAACGUUAUCUUAGUGUGUUUGUCAUACUCUCAAAAUUAUACUAUCUUCCCACUACGUUCCAAACCACCUUCUAAUAUAACUCAACAUCGCUUAAUUUGUAUAGGACAUGUUCAUGGAUGUCAUUUUGUGCAGGUUAAGCUACAAGAAGGUUGUCCGUUGCCCAUGGUGAAUAUCAUGUCCUCAACCCACUGUUAUCCUGAGGCACGAGCGUGGUCAUCUAUUUAUACUAGUAGGAUGCACGCAUUUGAACAGUUGAUGGACAUAACAACAUCUUAUGUUGACUUAGGUGAUUCGUGA